CCCGCCUUCUGGAAACAAACCAUCUCUCGACAGUCCGUACAAUUCAAUCAAUCUGCCCCGUUAGGGUUUCUUCUUCGCCAUUAAUCCACCUCCAGCCAUGGAUCUCCUCCGGUCCUACGCCGACGGGAACGACGAUGAAUUAGAUGCUGCGGGAGAGCAGAAGCCCCAAAACCCUACGUCUCCUUCCCCGGAUUCAUCCCCACCGCGACUCCUCCCUGCCAAAUCCGCCGCCCCGAAGGUCGACGACACGAUGCUGGCCCUCACGGCGGCUGCCCAAGCUCACCAGACCCUGAACCGGCCAAUCGACCCGACCCAGCGCGCCAUCGUCUUCAACCCGACCUACGACCAGCUGUGGGCCCCGAUCUAUGGCCCCUCCCACCCCUACGCCAGGGACGGGAUCGCCCAGGGCAUGCGCAAUCACAAGCUCGGCUUCGUGGAGGAUGCCGCCAUCGACUCCUUCAUCUUUGACGAGCAGUAUAAUACUUUCCAGAGAUACGGCUACGCAGCUGAUCCCUCGGCUUCAGUGGGUUACAACUACGUCGGAGAUUUGGAAGCUCUGAAGCAGAACGACGGCAUUUCGGUGUACAACCUCCCCCAUCAGGAGCAAAAACGGCGGAGGGUUGAUUCGAAGAAGGAAACAGAGCAGGACGAGGGUGGCGAGGAGGUCGACCAUGCAGAGGUCGAGAACCCGGCGACUGACACUUGGCUGGCGAAGAACAAGAAGUCCCCUUGGGCGGGCAAGAAGGAGGGCUUGCAAGAGGAGUUGACAGAGGAGCAGAAGAAGUAUGCAGAGGAGUAUGCUAAGAAGAAGGGUGAAGAGCGUGCCGGGCCCUCAGAGAAGGGCGAGGUUGUUGCUGACAAGAGUACUUUCCAUGGUAAGGAGGAGCGGGAUUACCAGGGCCGGUCCUGGAUUGCUCCGCCGAAGGAUGUCAAGGCUAGCAAUGAUCACUGUUAUAUUCCAAAGAGGUUGGUCCAUACCUGGAGUGGGCACACAAAGGGUGUUUCUGCUAUUAGGUUCUUCCCGAAGCACGGUCAUUUGAUCCUCUCUGCUGGGAUGGACACUAAGGUGAAGAUCUGGGAUGUGUUCAAUUCGGGUAAGUGUAUGCGGACUUAUAUGGGCCACUCCAAGGCUGUUCGGGAUAUCUCAUUCUGCAAUGAUGGGACCAAGUUCUUGACUGCCGGGUAUGACAAGAACAUCAAGUAUUGGGACACCGAGACUGGGAAGGUUAUAUCCACUUUCUCUACCGGGAAGAUUCCUUAUGUAGUCAAGCUUAACCCGGAUGAUGAUAAGCAGAAUAUUUUGUUGGCGGGCAUGAGUGAUAAAAAGAUUGUCCAGUGGGAUAUGAACACGGGGCAGAUUACCCAAGAGUACGAUCAGCAUCUAGGAGCAGUGAAUACGAUCACAUUUGUCGAUGACAACAGGAGGUUUGUUACCUCGAGCGAUGACAAGUCCCUUCGUGUGUGGGAGUUUGGGAUUCCUGUGGUCAUUAAGUACAUUAGCGAGCCCCACAUGCACUCUAUGCCUUCCAUUGCUCUUCACCCCAACACAAACUGGCUCGCGGCACAAAGUUUGGAUAAUCAGAUUCUUAUAUACAGUACGAGGGAGAGAUUUCAGCUCAACAAAAAGAAGAGGUUCGCGGGGCACAUUGCGGCUGGGUAUGCUUGUCAGGUUAAUUUCUCUCCCGAUGGGCGAUUUGUUAUGUCGGGAGAUGGCGAGGGUCGGUGCUGGUUCUGGGAUUGGAAGAGUUGCAAAGUGUUCAGGACUUUGAAGUGUCAUGAGGGAGUGUGCAUUGGGUGUGAGUGGCAUCCACUGGAGCAGAGUAAAGUGGCAACUUGUGGCUGGGAUGGCUUAAUUAAGUACUGGGAUUAGAUCCUAUUAUGGCUCUUUCUGAACAGACAUCACUUAGCGGCGACUGGAGAUAGCCGAGUUGCUUUCCCGAAGCUACCCUGAGCAAACUUGCCAGGAUGUACAGUACUGUCGUAUCCAUAGAAGCUUCGAGGGAAGUGCUAGCAAAAUUUGCUCAUGGCAGUGUUGUAUCUUAGAGCUUUAUUUUAUGCUUAUUCUGGGAUAAUAACCUUUUAAGUUCAUUCUCCCCCGGCCAAAACUUGUAACAAUCACCGUUCCUUGGUAGAUUAUUCAGAGAGCUUUCUUUGCAGCCAUCACAAUACAUCUGUACCUCGCCGCAUUUUCUGUUCUCUUUGUAAUGCAUAGAUGAGUUUUUUUUUUUCCCGA